AUGAGCCUCCAGUCCCCACAUGUACUGCGGAAUCUGGCCAUUCAGAGCCUGCUAAGAGACAAUGCCUUGGCCAUAGAGGCCAUGCAACAUUUGCCUGGUGAGCUCUAUCCACCAGUAUUCAUGGAGGCCUUCAUCAGGGGACACGCUGAGCUGCUACAGGCCAUGGUGCAGUCCUGGCCCUUUCCCUCCUUGCCACUGGGAGACCUGAUGGGCAUGAAGAACCCAGACACAUUGAGCUCCAAGCUGCAAAUCCUUGAUUUGCGAGUCAUGCACCACAACUUCUGGAGGGUCUGGGCUGAGAACAGCUUGGAAGUCUGCUCUUCAGCAGCCAUGAGUAGCAGAGAAGCAGAGAAGAUGGGCCCAAAGGAAGUAAAGAAGAAACCCAUCAGAGUCCUUUUGGACUUGUGGCUCAACCAGGAUUGGCUGCAUCCUCUGGAGACCUACCUGCUCAAGUGGGUCCAGGAUAGGGAAGACCUGGUGCAGCUGCAUUGCAUGAAGCUGGGUAUUAGAGCCCCGUGCUUUCAACGGGUCAUGAAGCUGCUGUCAAGGCUGAGCCUUGAGUCUGUGCAGGAGCUCGAUAUGAGGAACCUUCAGAGACUCACACUCUCUGCCAUCUCAGCGCCUGCCCUCAUCACCCCAAAGAGGAGAGAGUAUUCAUUCUCCCAAAUCAUGCCACACUUUGGAAAGCUUCAGUGUCUGCGAGAGAUUCACAUGAACUCUGUGCAAUUCCUUGAAGGCCACUUGGACCAGGCACUCAGGUGCCUAAUGUCCCCCUUGGAGACCCUGUCCUUAACUCACUGCCGACUUUCCCGCUCGGAUUGGAAUCGGCUUCCUCACAUUGAGCAGAUCAGAAAGCUGAAACACUUCGACUUGAGUUGCGUCAAGCUGGCUGACUUUAGUCCUGAGCCUCUCCGAAUUCUGCUAGACCAUAUGGCACCCACCCUGACCACUCUGAUCUUGGAAAACUGUCGCAUCACACAUGCGCAGCUCCAGGCCAUUCUGCCUUCCCUGCUCUGCUGCUCCCAGCUCACUACCUUCUGCUUCAUUAGGAAUUACAUGAGCAUGGGCGCCAUGCGGAACCUGCUCUGCCGCACUGCCAGGCUCAGCAACUUGAAGCUGGAGCUGUACUCUGUUCCUCAAGACCUCUACAUUCCCAGACAUGACCUGAUGAACCUGCACUAA